AUGGCGGCCACGACCUUCCACCGGUUCGCGCGCCUUCCCGCCGAGCUUCGGCGCCAGAUAUACGUCGAGCACUUGAGUCCUCUGGACGCGCCCGCCGUGUAUCUGUACAACAAGAACCUUGUCCUGCGCUACCUCGACCCCGAUAGCGAGGAUGAGCGGUACGCGGGGAUAUCUCACGAGCCACGCGUGCAGGUCAAGACGCCGGCGCUGGUCCACGUCAACGUGGAGGCUCGCGCGGUGACCAUGUCGUGGGCGCGCACGCACGACAUCUCCCUUGGUUUCCGCAGGGAAACAAAGGGCCACGUGUUUUCCCGGCCUUGGGAUCCGACGCGUGACACGCUCUACGUUUCCAGGGACAAGUGGGAGGAGUUUUGCGAGCUGCCGUGGGAGUCGAAGGGCGUUGAGGAGAUGUCGGCCAAGGUGCGACACCUGGCCCUUCCUGCGUUCACGGCGUACUACAGCUUCAACGAGCUGGGGAAUUACGUGAUGCAGUGGUUUCCGAGCCUCGAGGUGCUGAGCUCAGUAUGGGGGCCCUUGCCUGAACUCAAGUACUCGCGGACCAAGAGGGUUUCGAGGAGGCAGCUGCUGGCGGCGGGGGCGACGGACGACGACGGCACGGAUACGGGCGUUGAUCCUCUGACGGGGGAUAGGGAGGAGCGGAUUGCGGCCGAGAUCCAGCCUAUGUGGGAGCUGGUGAGGGAGACCAAGGACGUGGUGAGGAUGUGUGUGCUGGAUCCUUUGGACGAGACGGAGAGCUGGGAGGAGGGCGAACUGCAGAUGUGGAUGGAGGAGCUGGCGGACGCCUUGUUGACGACUGAGCUGCCAGAAAAUGUGUAUGAUGUGGAGGGGCAGAAGUAUUCGAUUGAGUUUCGUCCGGUGAGGGCUGUGAAAGGGUAG